AUGCGUUUCUCCAAGGCUUUGGUCGUCUCGUCACUGGCGAUCCCUUUCGUCUCUGCUCAUGGCGCGCGCGGCAUGCCGAAGAUAUGGGGAAUGGGCCCUGAUGUGAAGAGAGAGGCUUUUGGUCCUGUUGCACCGCGACGCGCUUCUUCUGGUUCUUUGAUGGCAAAAAGCUUCCCAAAGCGCCAGGAUAAUACCAACAUUGAUGGCCAGUGCGGUCCUGACGCCGGAGGCGCUAGCUGUGCCCCCGGAUACUGCUGCUCACCUGCUGGAUGGUGUGGUAACACUCCAGACUACUGCAACGCUCCGGACUGUCUCAUCAAUUACGGUCCUGGCUGUGAUGCUAACAAGGUGCCUAACGGUGACGACACCCGUACGAUUGCCCGUCCCAAGCUCGGAAACGUGGACUACGGUAACGGCGGUAUUUACUCUUGCACUGAGCCCGGUACCGUGGCUAUCACCUACGAUGAUGGCCCAUACAUCUACACUGACUACGUUCUCGGCAUUUUCGAGAAGUACAACAUGAAGGCAACUUUCUUCAUCACUGGUAUCAACAACGGAAAGGGAGCUAUUGAUGAUGCUUCCACUCAAUGGCCUGCCGUCAUUUCCAAGAUGUACGCUGCUGGUCACCAGGUCGCCAGCCACACUUGGUCUCACCAGGAUCUCUCCGCCAUUACCCAGGAACAGCGAAUCGACCAGAUGGUGCACAACGAGAUGGCUAUCCGUAACAUUAUCCAGAAGUUCCCUACCUACAUGCGUCCCCCCUACUCUUCUUGCGACGAAGCUUCUGGCUGCUGGAAGGACAUGCAGGAUCUAGGUUACGUUGUCACUUACUUUGACAUCGACACUGAUGGUACGUUCGCACUAGAAUCAGGCUCACCAAACUUUAUGGCUGAUAGUAGAAUAGAUUAUGACAACGACAGCCCCGACUUGAUCCAGAACGCCAAGAACAACUUCAACAAGUACUUUCAGACCGACAACGUCGCCACGGACAAGUUCCUUUCCAUUGAGCACGACAUCCACGAGCAGACUGCCCACAACUUGACUGAAUACAUGCUCCAGAUCAUACAGGAGAAGGGCUACAAGGGUGUUACCGUUGGCGAGUGCUUGGGCGACCCAGCUGAGAACUGGUAUCGUUCUUCCUCCGGCAAGAUCGUAACUUCGUCUUCCUCAGUCCCUACCGCUACAUCUUCCGCUACAUCUUCCGCUGCCCCCACUGCCACCCCUACUCAGGUGUCGACUGAUGGAACAUGCGGCGGCAACACUGGAUCCACGUGCCAGGGUUCUGAGUUUGGCAACUGCUGCUCCCAGGCUGGCUGGUGCGGAACUUCGACUGACCACUGCGGCACUGGCUGCCAGAGCGUCUUUGGCACCUGCGGCAGCUCUUCGGCUUCGUCUGUUGUCUCUUCCGCGGCAAGCAGCGUAGCAUCCUCCGUGGCCUCCAGCGUCUCUUCCGCUGCCCCUUCGAGCACUCCAACUGCUCUGUCUACUGACGGUCAAUGCGGUCCCUCCAACGGAAAAGGCUGCCAGGGUACUGAGUUCGGUAACUGCUGCUCUCCCGCCGGCUGGUGUGGUACCUCCGAUGCCCACUGCGGCACUGGCUGCAACCCUUUGUUCGGGACCUGUGCUGGCAGCUCCGCCGUUUCCUCUGCUGUCGCUUCCACCUCCGCCGUCGCCGAUGCUGUUUCGUCCUCUGCUGCUGUCGUCUCUUCGACUUCCGUAGUCGCAUCCUCUGCCUCUGCUCCCGCCGCCUCCGCCUCAAGUGUUACUGGUAAGCAGAGCACCGACGGUACUUGCGGUGGCACUUCCGGCUUCAAUUGCAUCGGCUGGUCUGAUGGCGAGUGCUGCUCUGCCUACGGCUGGUGCGGCAACACUGCGGACUACUGCGGCACUGCUUGCAAUCCGCUCUACGGAAAGUGCACCUCUUCCUCCUCGCCCGCCACCACCAUCGCCACCUCUGUCCGCGCUACCUCUACUUCCGCUUCGGCCCCGGCGAAGACCUCUGCUGCGAGCAACGUAAGCACUAACGGCAAGUGCGGCGCUCGCAACGGAAACAAGGUCUGCCCGGGCUCUAAGUGCUGCUCUGUUAUGGGCAACUGCGGUGACAACCUUCUCUACUGCUGGAAGGGCUGCCAGAAGGCUUUCGGCCAGUGCUGGUAA